CCACAGUAGCCAGGGCUGGGCCAGGCUGAAGCCAGGAGCUAGGAACUUCUUUCAGGUCUCCCACAUGGAUUACAGGGGCCCAAGCACCUGGGUCUCCUUCACUGUUUUUCCUAGGCCAUUAGAAGGGAGCUGGUUUUGAAGUGGAGCAGACAGGACUCGAACUGGCACCCAUAUGGGAUGCCGACAUUGCAGGCAGCAGCUUUACCCACUGAGCCACACGCCGGCCCUUUAUCUAUCUGUUUUUAUUUGAAAGCCAUAGUCAGAGAGACGGGAGAGGUAGAGAUCUAUCCACUGGUUCAUCCCCCAAAUGGCCACAACAAUCAGAACUGGACCGGUUUGAAACCAGGAACCAGGAGCUCCCUUCAGGACUCCCAUGUGGAUGCAGGGCCCAAAGUACCUGGGCUAUCCUCCACAGCUUUUCCAGGCACACCAGCAGGGAGCUGGAUGGGAGAUGGAGCUUCUAAACUGGUGCCCAUAUGGGAUGCCAACAUCAUAGGUUGUGGCUUAACUUGCUUUGCCACAGCACUGCUCCCUGUCCAAUAUUUAAAAAACUGUUGUCAAGAUAUUAAAAUCUUUCUUGCUGUCAGUUGUGAAAUUAUAGGGAAGUGAAAAAAUGAGUAUAUAGUAAUUUCAAAUAUCAAAUACACUGAGAAUUAUUUCUUUGUAAAAAUAUAUCAAGCAAUUUGAAUAGUGUUUGCCUUUUUCUUAUCUUACAACUUAGAAUAUGGAAUAUCUUUUCUGUGACCAGGUAAAUUGCCAUAUGCUUAGAUUUGGGCCAACUUCCAGCAGGUUUUCCAGUGUCGUGAGAUAUCUCCAAGAGUUCUUUAAUAUGAAGAUUUAUCCCUGCAUCCCUUUCUCUGGUGCAUUUUCAUCCUUUUAUCACAACCACUUUCCUUAUUGGAAAUUCCCUUCACUAUGCUCCUCUGCAUGUCUGCAUUCUCUCAGUCAGCUGUUUCUUCUGUAUCUUCAUGUUUUAAUGAUCUUCUGGUCAUUUGUUGCUGGAGUUGUCACAUUCUACUGCUCAUUAGGACCUGAUUCUCUCUUACCAAAUAUAUUCUUCACAAUAAAAUACAAACCCAAGCUAGGACUUCAAGAAUUAUUUCCUCAAGGCCAUAGCUGUGCUGUAUGUGGUAAAGUGAAAUGCAAACGACAUAGACCUUCCUUGCUACUUGAAAAUUACCAGCCAUGGCUAGACCUGAAAAUUUCAUCCAAGGUUGAUGCAUCUCUCUCAGAGGUUUUUGAAUUAGUGUUGGAAAACUUUGUUUAUCCAUGGUACAGGGAUGUGACAGAUGAUGAGUCCUUUGUUGAUGAACUGAGAGUAAUUUUACGGUUUUUUGCAUCUGUCUUAAUACGAAGGAUUCACAAGGUGGAUAUUCCAUCUAUUAUAACCAAGAAACUAUUAAAAGCGGCAAUGAAGCAUAUAGAAGUGAUAGUUAAAGCCAGACAGAAAGUAAAAAAUACAGAGUUUUUACAGCAAGCUGCGUUAGAAGAAUAUGGUCCGGAACUUCAUGUGGCAUUGAGAAGUCGAAGAGAUGAAUUACAGUAUUUAAGGAAGCUUACUGAACUGCUUUUUCCUUAUAUUUUGCCUCCUAAAGCAACAGACUGCAGAUCUUUGACUUUACUUAUAAGAGAGAUCCUGUCUGGUUCUGUGUUCCUUCCUUCUUUGGAUUUCCUUGCUGAUCCAGAUACUGUGAAUCAUUUGCUUAUCAUCUUCAUAGAUGACAGCCCACCUGAAAAAGCUACCGAACCAGCUUCUCCUUUGGUUCCAUUCUUGCAGAAAUUUGCAGAACCUAGAAAUAAAAAACCAUCUGUGCUGAAGUUAGAAUUGAAGCAAAUCAGAGAGCAACAGGAUCUCUUAUUUCGUUUCAUGAACUUUCUGAAACAAGAAGGAGCAGUGCAUGUAUUGCAGUUUUGUCUAACUGUGGAGGAAUUUAAUGAUAGAAUUUUGCGACCAGAGUUAUCAAAUGAUGAAAUGCUAUCUCUUCAUGAAGAGUUGCAGAAGAUUUAUAAAACAUAUUGUUUGGAUGAAAGUAUUGACAAAAUUAGAUUUGAUCCCUUCAUUGUAGAAGAGAUUCAGAGAAUUGCUGAAGGCCCCUACAUAGAUGUAGUGAAACUUCAAACUAUGAGAUGUCUUUUUGAAGCAUAUGAACACGUUCUUUCUCUCCUGGAGAAUGUAUUUACUCCUAUGUUCUGCCACAGUGAUGAGUAUUUCAGACAACUUUUAAGAGGUGCAGAAUCACCAACACGCAAUUCAAAAUUCAACAGAGGUAGCCUAAGUUUGGAUGAUUUUCGGAGCACACAGAAAAGAGGAGAAUCAUUUGGAAUCAGCAGAAUAGGUAGCAAAAUUAAAGGAGUAUUCAAGAGUACCACAAUGGAGGGAGCUAUGUUGCCUAAUUAUGGUUUGGCUGAAGGUGAAGAUGACUUCAUUGAAGAAGGCAUUGUUGUAAUGGAAGAUGAUUCGCCAGUGGAGGCUGUGAGCACACCUAAUACUCCGCGAAAUCUUGCUGCAUGGAAAAUUAGCAUUCCAUAUGUAGACUUCUUUGAGGACCCUUCUUCUGAAAGGAAGGAGAAAAAGGAGAGAAUUCCUGUGUUUUGUAUUGAUGUUGAAAGAAAUGAUAGAAGAGCAGUUGGACAUGAGCCUGAACAUUGGUCUGUCUACAGAAGAUACCUUGAAUUCUAUGUACUUGAAUCAAAACUAACAGAAUUUCAUGGCACAUUUCCUGAUGCCCAGCUUCCUUCCAAGAGGAUCAUUGGCCCCAAAAAUUAUGAAUUCUUAAAAUCAAAGAGAGAAGAGUUUCAAGAAUAUCUGCAGAAACUUCUGCAGCAUCCAGAACUGAGUAAUAGUCAACUUCUAGCAGACUUUCUGUCCCCUAAUGGUGGGGAAACACAGUUUCUUGAUAAGAUACUACCAGAUGUAAAUCUUGGGAAAAUUAUAAAGUCAGUUCCUGGAAAACUAAUGAAAGAGAAAGGUCAGCAUUUAGAACCUUUCAUCAUGAAUUUCAUUAAUUCCUGUGAAUCUCCAAAGCCUAAACCAAGCAGACCAGAACUGACCAUUCUCAGCCCUACUUCAGAAAACAACAAGAAGCUUUUCAAUGAUCUGUUUAAGAAUAAUGCAAACCGUGCUGAGAAUACAGAGAGAAAGCAAAAUCAGAAUUAUUUUAUGGAGGUGAUGACUGUAGAAGGAGUGUAUGAUUACCUGAUGUAUGUAGGACGAGUAGUUUUCCAAGUUCCUGACUGGCUUCAUCAUCUGUUAAUGGGAGCUCGAAUCCUCUUUAAAAACACCCUGGAAAUGUAUACUGACUACUAUCUUCAGUGUAAACUGGAGCAGCUAUUUCAGGAGCACCGUUUGGUCUCACUUAUAACACUUCUCAGAGAUGCUAUAUUUUGUGAAAACACUGAACCCCGUUCUCUCCAAGAUAAACAGAAAGGAGCAAAGAAAACUUUUGAAGAAAUGAUGAAUUACAUUCCAGAUUUGAUAGUAAAGUGUAUUGGUGAAGAAACCAAGUACGAAAGCAUCAGACUUUUAUUUGAUGCCUUACAGCAGCCAGUACUCAACAAGCAGCUGACUUAUGUUUUAUUGGACAUUGUGAUACAGGAACUGUUUCCAGAGCUCAAUAAGGUGCAAAAGGAAGUUACCUCUGUGACGUCCUGGAUGUAAACAUUUGGAUUUAGUAGUAGUAAAUAACCAGUUAAGAUUUCUGCUGUGCUUGUGUAGUAGAAAUGUACUUUUUUUCUUUUAUUUUUAUGUAUAUCAUGUACUUCAGUGUCUGAAAUUUUUAAUUUUUUUGUUUUAAUAAAGACUAAAUAACAAUGAAAA